UCGAAGCGGAAGUUGUUGGUAGUGCGCAGUAGAUGAAUGGGAACGAUGUGAUUUAAUGCAGUAGCCUGUAGGAAAAGAAUCACGAAGGAUCGCUUUAAAUUAAUUAAACUCAAAGCGAGCAACAGUUGAAUUGUCGGGUCUUACAGAACAUUAGGGUAGAAUGCAAUCGAUCAACCAACUAAAAUAUGUGUGUGUCGUUGUUAUAAUGCAUUCGCAUGGGUUGUCUCGGUGAUCAUCGCCCUACAUUAGUCUUGAUUUCAGCAGAUCACCAUGAGACUGAGACUGAAGCUCAAGACUGUGUUCGUGCUCUACUUCAUGGUGUCACUACUCGGACUCAUCUAUGCGCUGAUGCAGUUGGGUCAGCGCUGUGACUGUACAGAUCAUGGCAUAUCUAGAGAUCAACAAAUCUCUCAGCUGAGAGGGGAGCUGCAGAAGCUGCAGGACCACAUUAAAACAUCAGAACUGGCAAAAGACACCAAGAAGACUAAUGUGCCUGUUAUUUAUGUGAUAACACCUACAUAUGCAAGGCUGGUGCAGAAGGCAGAGCUCACUCGUUUGUCUCACACCUUCCUCCAUGUUCCUCAGCUCCACUGGAUCGUGGUGGAGGAUGCUCCCCAGCCAACUCCGCUUGUCACAGACUUCCUGGCUUCAUCUGGCUUGACAUACACCCAUCUACACAAGCUGACCCCCAAAGACAGGAAGUUGCAGGAGGGUGAUCCUAGCUGGCUGAAGCCCCGAGGUGCUGAGCAGAGGAACGAGGGUCUGAGCUGGCUUAGGGAGAUGGGUGCAGCCGCUGAGGGAAAGGAAGCGGCCGCCCUUGAGGAUGCUGUGGUAUAUUUUGCUGAUGAUGACAACACGUACAGCUUGCAGCUCUUUGAAGAGAUCCGAUACACACACCGGGUCUCCGUGUGGCCCGUGGGUCUGGUGGGAGGGAUGAAGUUUGAGAGUCCUGUGGUGGAAGAUGGGAAAGUUGUGCGUUUCCACACUGGCUGGCGCCCCAAUCGCCCUUUCCCCAUCGACAUGGCUGGUUUUGCAGUGUCCCUGAGGCUGGUACUGGCCAAUCCCAAAGCCUGCUUUAACGGUGAUGCUCAGAUGGGCUUUCUAGAAAGCAGCUUUCUUCAGCACCUGGUUACUGUGGAGGAGCUGGAACCCAAGGCAGACCUGUGCACCAAGGUACUGGUGUGGCACACCCGAACUGAGAAGCCAAAGAUGAAGAGGGAAGACGCACUACAGAAGCAAGGGUUGGGUUCAGAUCCCGAUGUGGAGGUGUGAGUUCCACCUUCUCAGAACAUGCCUGGACUUCUCCAAACAUACAUGUUGACAACUUCUAGUGUGCCAAACAGAUUUACAGUCUUAUGUAUAUGACAUAACUCUGAGUCACUCUGCUAAUCAACUGUUGUUACUGGGCCACACUUUUUAACACGCACAAAAACACUACAGACUUUGGCCUAAAAGAAUUAGCAAAGGAAGUGAUGAUUCAGCUGAAUACAGGGAGGGAGAGAGAAACAAAGGAAACCACAACUUGCAACCAUUUAUGGAAAUCCAUUUCCACAAAGUGUCACACCCAUAUGCAGUCUUUUUCCUCUAUACUCUUGAACUGUAUCUGAAUUUUUAAAUAGUGUUGAAAUCAAUAAGGUUGUAUUUAUAUCUUUAUGUAUAUAUGCUUAUCAGCCACAACAUUAAAAUCACUGACAGGUGAAGUGAAUAACAUUUUAUUAUCUCGUUACAAUGGCAUCUGUCAAGGGGUGGGAUAUAUAAGGCAGCAAGUGAACAGUCAGUUCUUGAAUUUCAUAUGUUGGAAGCAGGAAAAAUGGGCAAGCGUAAAGAUCUGAGUGACUUUGACAAGGGCCAAAUUGUGAUGGCAGAUGACUGGGUCAGAGCAUCUCCAAAACGGCAAGUCUUAUGGGGUGUUCCUGGUAUGCAAUGGUUAGUACCUACCAAAAGUUGUCCAUGGAAGGACAACCGGUGACAGGGUCAUGGGCACCCAAGGCUCAUUGAUGCACGUGGGAAGCGAAAGCUUGCCCGUCUGGUCCAAUCCCACAGAAGAGCUACUGUAGCACAAACUGCUGAAAAACAUAAUACUGGCCAUGAUAGAAAGGUGUCAGAACACACUGUGCAUUGCAGCUUGCUCAUGCUGACUCCUGUUCACCACCGAAAGCACCUACAAUGGGCAUGUGAGCAUCAGAACUGGACCAUGGAGCAAUGGAAGAAGAUGGUCUGGUCUGAUAAAUCACAUUUUCUUUUAGAUCAUGAUCCGGGUGUGUGUGCGUUGUUUACCUGGGGAAGAGAUGGCAGCAGGAUGCACAAUGGGAAGAAGGCAGGCCAGCGGAGGCAGUGUGAUGCUCUGGGCAAUGUUCUGCUGGGAAACCUUGGGUCCUGGCAUUCAUGUGGAUGUUACUUUGACAUGUACCUCCUACCUAAAAAUUGUUGCAGAUAGCAUACACUUCAUGGCAACGUUAUUCCCUGAUGGCAGUGGCCUCUUUCAGCUGGAUAAUGUGCCCUGCCACAUUGCAAAAAUUAUUCAGGAAUAGUUUGAUGAACAUGACAAAGAGUUCAAGGUGUUGACUUGGCCUCCAAAUUCCUCAGAUCUCAAUCCGAUUGAGAAACUAUGGGAUGUGCUGGACCAAAAAGUCCGAUCCAUGGAGUCUCCAUCUUGCAACUUACAGGACUUAAAGGACCUGCUGCUAAAGUCUUGGUGCCAGAUACCACAGGUCACCUUCAGAGGUCUUAUGGAGUCCAUGCCUCUGGGUCAGAGCUGUUUUGGCGGCACGAGGUGGACCUACACGGUAUUAGGCAGGUGGUUUUAAUGUUGUGGCUGAGCGGUGUGUGUGUGUAUGGUUUACUUGAAAUAUGUGUAUUAUGAUGUAUUAUGUCAAUGCUGGCCAUGUCUCUGUUAAGGAAUGCUGAAGAACAGAAUGCUGUACUUGUCUGUCUCAUCUCUCCUGAUGUCUUGUAGUGUUUGUCUAAUGUUAUAAUGUCAAGCUGUUGUCUUUUGUCUUAAGAUUUAUGUUUGUUUUUCUUUUUCUUCACUGAUAAAUGACGUGGAGGACGGUGACAGUACAGAGGUGAUGUAUAUUUUUAUGAUUAACAAAUUCUUUUGAAUCUAGUCCCAAUGAUGUGAUUUAUCUGACCCUAUGUCAUGUUGUGUACUUUGUGCUGAUAACGCUUCAAGUGACAGUGUGAAGUACAGUGACUCUAUGAUGUCACUUGUAAAACAACAGAUGAAGAAAACAUUCUCAUACUAUGAAAAAUUUUUCAGUUCUUUUGCAGAUCACUAUCUCUGUACUGACGACGCUGUGAAAAUAAUAGAUGAUAAGGUUUUAAUACAGUUUGUCAGAUUCCAUAAGCUCAAAGUUUUUCAUUGUAUUGCUUUAGAGCUCUACAUGUUGUAGGAUAUUAAAGUUGAGGUGUCAAUUCCCCUUGAAGCAUCACUGAGUGUCAGCUUGAUCAUGUUCAAACACAUCCGCUUUUGUUGUAAAUAAAAACGGUUGCCAUUGCU